AUGUCAAUCAAAACUAAAAAAUCCAAAAUACUUCCUCACGAAUGUCGAAUAUGUGGUGUUCCUGCUGAGUAUGCUUAUUUUGGUGUUAUUUCAUGUCAUGCAUGCAAAAUGUUCUUUAAACGAAAUGGCAAUGCUGGACAGGCAACAUUUGUAUGUAGUUUCGAUGGUCAAUGUGACAUUAAUAUAAAUAAUCGUCAUAUAUGUUCCGUAUGUCGACUUGCUAAAUGUUUUAAAUGUGGAAUGAAUACUGACAAACCUCAAGCAUCAAGACAGACUAAAUCAAAAACAAACGCUUUAGUUAAAGUACAUCAACCAACAAGGCUUCCUACAUUAAAUCUAUUACAAUCAGAUCAGUCAUUAUUGACUAAAAAUCAAUGGAUACUUCUCACAAAUUUAUUCAAUUGUUAUAAAGAAUCUCAGGUUUUACCGUUCACUCAACGUUUAAGAGAGACACAUUAUACUUUACAAUCCAAUUAUGUGAUUUACAAAGCAAUUGCAGAAGAAUUCUUAAUAUCUCUUUACAAAACAACAGGGGCAUAUCUUUGUUCCAAUGAUGAUCUUCGUAAAUUAUCAUCUAAUGAUCGUUCCGUAAUACUUCAUAGUGCUGCUGACAAUGUAUGCUGCAUAAGUAGUACAUUCAUUAUGCAGUAUUAUCAUUUAUAUGAUCUCGAUGCUUUCUUGAACGCUAUUAGCAUAAAGUAUGGAAUGCAUGCAAUGGAUAUUCAUGCUCGGGCAAGGAAAUUCAUUGAUCCAGAUAUUGUAUUGGCCAAACUAUCAAUUUCAUUGUUCGCUUUCUCUGAAAAUACUUGUUAUUAUUAUUCAAAUGUCUCGAACGACUUAACAAAUCCUAUUAAUAUUUUAAAGAUUCAAAAUAAAUAUGCAGAAAUAACAUGGAAAUAUCUUCUCUACAAAUAUGGUUACUAUAACGCUGUGAAACGAUAUCUUAAUAUAACUCUUUGGCUUGCUUCUAUGAGUAUUUUAACAUUUCAUGCUCAAACUCUGAUGGUACAUAUUAAUGAUAUUUACUCAAUAAUUGAACAAACUGAACUGGCACUUAUAUUAGAUGAUGUUGAUCAGAUAAUUGAAACCAAUCAGUAG